AUGGAUAUUAUUCCUUUGUUUAGUUUGGUAUGGAGUCGUCAAUCACCUCCCAACCCGUCUGGGUUUCAACGAGCUAUGACCUGGGUAAGGUCCAGACCUCUAUCGCCGGGCAAUUUCGCUGUUCUUACCCAAGCCGCACCACGGAUGAACGUCCACGCGCAUCCAACAUCAUUUGACUUUCUAUGUCUUAUGAACAAUUACAGCCGACGAUGGCCCCUAAAAUUGAAUGCGUUAAAUUCUUCGUUGACUCAUAUUCAUUCAUUCGCAGGCGCGAAAAUCCUUGCCAAUGUCCAAAUUAGAGGUAGAGAUAUACUCGAAUACCAUUACCACUACAAGGCAAAUAAUUAG